AGUGUCGACUACCAAAGAAUCAAAAUAAAAGAAAGGAUGUUGUUUUUAAGGCGAUUUUACAGCAAAACUGGUCGUAUAGCCCAUAUUUCGAAAUCCCACAAGCCAGGCGACUCUUUGAGCAUCCAGGGCUGGAUCAAGAAUGUUCGCCGGCUGAAGAAUAACACAUUUCUGGACGUGAAUGAUGGAUCUACGAGCAGUAGGUUUCAGGUGGUGGUGCCUAGGACUCCCGAGAACCAGCAUUUAUCUCCAGGCAGCGUAAUUUCGGCGGUGGGUCAAAUCCAGGUGGCUCCAAAUGGCAGCUUUGAGUUGCAUGCACAACGCGUGGAAAUGUUGGCGGACGGACACCUGCAGGAGGGAUAUCCCUUUAGCCCCAAACAGCAACAUCCACCGGAAUAUGUCCGUGAGCAUCUGCAUCUGCGUUCCCGCGUUGAUUUCAUAGCCGCCCAGAUGAGGCUAAGGCACAAGGCCCAAAAGGCCAUUCAUGAUUACAUGGAUGAACUGGAUUUCGUGCAGAUCAAUACUCCCCUGCUGACCACCAAUGAUUGCGAGGGAGCCGGAGAAGUGUUUCGGGUUCAGCCGGACUCUGAAGCCCUACUGAAACAGAUGUCCAGGCCGGGAGUUCCCGUGGAACAGAGCUACUUCGACAGCAAGGUCUUCCUCAGCGUCUCCGGACAGCUGCACCUGGAGGCCAUGUCCUAUGGUCUGGGCAACACGUAUACCCUCUCUCCGGCCUUUCGAGCGGAAAACUCCAAGUCGCCAUUGCAUUUAGCUGAGUUCUACAUGUUCGAAGCGGAACUGGCCCAUCUGGAUGAGCUCGAGAAAUUGGCGGGGUUCAUUGAAAAGAUGCUCAAGUCAGUGACAAAUCGCUUACUGGAAACAAGCUCUGAGGAUGUGCAUUUUUGUCAGAGGAACUCCAACAGCAGCUCAGAUCUGCCUUGGUUGCAAGUUCCGUGGCAGAUAAUGAGCUACGAUCAAGCCCUGCAAGUGCUGCAGGACAAUAAGGAUAGCUUAAAGACAGCAAUAAACCUGAACGAAGGUUUUUCCAAGGAUCAGGAACUGUUUCUAGUCAACCACUGUUCUGCUCCCGUGUUCGUUGUGGAUUGGCCCGCUGACCAAAAGCCUUUCUACAUGAAAGUCUCGCGCACAAAUCCCAAUCGAGUUCAUGCACUGGACCUUCUAAUGCCUGCAGUUGGAGAAUUAUGCGGCGGAAGUCUGCGUGAAAGUGACCCAGCAGUUUUGAGCUCCCAUCCGCAGCUGCCAAAGGAUCUCUCUUGGUAUGUUGACAUGCGAAAAUACGGAGGGAUUGCUACUGGAGGAUUUGGCAUGGGCUUUGAGCGAUAUCUGCAAUUGGUCACGGGUGUCAAGAACAUCCGAGAUGUGAUACCCUUUCCCAGGUAUCCACACAGCUGCAAGAUGUGAUUUUUUAAAGGUGUAAAAUAUUGGGGUUUAUUAUGUUUGUUGAAAGUGUAAUAAAUGUAUAUUACUUUAGGGUA